AUGGAGACAUUACCAAUCAAACCUGAAGCAGCUGAGAAGUUACUUUAUCAUUGGAAAAGUCUGCCCAUAGUACUGCCACCAUCAAUCACAGAUGACAACUUGGAAGCUGGAGAUGGGUUCAUGAUAUCAUUUAAAGACCUUUUUGUGGCUCCAACUUUUGAUGAGUUGGAGCAAGUCGCCAGAGAUAGCAAGGGGAACAUGAAGAAGUUGAACAGGAAACAAUUGAUGAACAUCAGAAACAUGGGUGAGUUUGAGGUUGAGAGUAUAAACUUUCCAGGCCAAGCACACAAGUGGAGGUUGAACCUCUUGCUCCAGAAGGGCUUCUAUAGGACACAUGAAUCUUUUCUUGAUGAUUUAGCACUGGCGCUAAAAAUGUUGAUCAUAUACUCAAAGAAUCGAUUUGAGUCACCGUUUUUUAGUUUGUCACAGAGUUACAGAAGCUUAAAGAAAUCAGUUUAUCAUUUCUUAGGAUUGGAAAGAGUUCUGCUCAUUCAUAAAAAGCCGAAUGAAUGCAGUGCAGGCAAACAAGUUGAUGCUAACUUUAUUAUGAAUCAAAGCUAUGAGAUUUUGUCGACGAUAUUAAAGCAGGAGUCCAGGGGCUGGUACAUCAAAUACAAGGAUAAGAUUAUUACUGAUCUUAAGGGUUUGUUGCUGGUGAAUCAGGCUAAGUGUGCUCUGAACACAAAUAAAAAUCUAACAGCUCUGAAAGAGAAGUUUGAAAUAUGCAAAGACGAGUACACAGCAAAUCUAACAAAGCAAUAUCCCGUGAGGUCGAGAAUUGACGAGUGGCUCAAGGCUCAACUCUCCAUAUUUUGGGUAUGUGUUGUUAAUAUAUCGGUUAAUAAUUGGUCUUACCUGUCCAGGAUACCAGCUGGUGUGGUUCUCUUGCAUCUAUUCUCCGUCACCAUUUAUGAUUUUGAUCAUCCUGCUGACGAAAGAAACAGGUGGCUGUACAUAUUUGAGGUGCUCGUCUACAAAUUCAUCGUCUGCUCUUGCUUGCAGCCCAUCUGUGCGUUCGUUGUCGCAACUCUCGUCUUCCCACUUGCUGCGUUGGCCAUCUGCAUUGGGGGUAUGUUGCGGAGAACAGGGAGGGUGUUGUGGGACUGCCUCAUGUACCAUCUGGUCAUCAAGAAGAGGGGAAGGGUACCCACCAAGGAUGCUUUCAUUGUCAGGCGAAUCGCUGGACCUGGUCUUGCAUCCAAGUAUUAUCUUCAGGUGAGACCAGAGCAAGCGUUGGCAGCUGUUGAAGCCUGCGUGGAAGCACACGAGUUGAAUGUUUGGAUGGAGUGCUACAGUGAUGUCAUCAACCAACCGAAACAAGAUUACAAAAAGUUUGUAGAGUUGUGUUUCAAGCCAUUUUCGUGUGUACUGAUAGAGGAUGGUGUAUACCAGAGUCUGGUACAGGAGUGCAACGCGCAGCUCAAACUACUCAAGCACACAAUUGACAGUCAGAAGCAGAAACUGAACACUGGCUUGAAUGCUGACUUGAGAUCAAAAAUUCGUCUGACGUCCAGGGAGCUUAAGGUCGUCAUAGCUCAGUCGUCAAAGAUGCUGGAAUCAUUUUAUCCCAAUCGCAUCUUCAGGAUCAUGAGCAAGACGGAAGCCAGAUUCUGGGAAGAUAGAAAUCUUGAUUACAGAGAUUGGCAGGGCUUGGCCACUCAGCUCUUGACCGAAGUUUUUUCAUCUUCAUUUCUUAUUCCUCUGGAGGAAAUAGACACUUGUUUCAAAUUGGAUGUGACUCACUUGAAUCUGAGCAAGUAUUUGGAGAUGUUGAAGUCUUCGGAGUUUCGGGAUGACCUAGAUGUAGUCAGUGCACUACAUACACCAAAAGGAGAUAUAGAUGUGAGCGCUCCCUACAUGAAUAUAAAUCUAUUCAGUCCCCUUUCUGAUACUUCCAUUCAUGUUAACGCUGAAAAAUUUCAUGAUCACAGGAGAAGAAUGAAGGUGAGAUGCUUCUGGCCUGGAAGGAGGAGGCGGAGGAGUAACAAAGCCAUUUCCACACUGGAUACACUGUCACUGCAACACGUUCAGAAACUCUCUCAACCGCUGCCAAUUCCACAUCCCAGUCUCAUCUGUCUCAUCAUUCACAACAGAGAGGACAGUAGAUACAACAUAGACAUGAACAAUCUGGUCUGUCAGAAGAUCCUCCAGUACUCCGUUGAGCAGCAACCUUACGUCGACCCAUCGUUGAUGUCUACCUCCACGACAACUGACAACGAAAGUUGCGAGGCAUCCGUCAACAUCUUGCAACAACAACAGCAGAUGUUGAUGCAGCACAAUAGAUCAACUUUGCAAUUGAAACAACAACAAAGUCCUACAUCUCUCCACGACAUAUCGCCAGUUCAAUCCAAGCAACAGCAGCAGCAACAACUUCAAAAAUUUUCACCGAUGAGCUCAACGACAUAUCAGGCUGUGGUUGAUAUGCAUCAGCAGUCGUCGCGCUCUAUGGGUCCAGUUUGUUUGGCCAAGCAGGAGUCCAUAACGUCGGACAUCACGUUGUCAGAGUACAACAGAGCCUCUCUCACUGAUGGUAGCAGAGGUUGCUCCGCUCCCAUGGUCAGUUCUUAUCAUUAUCUCUUUAUUUAA